AUGUCAAAACAACUUCUCGACCGGCUCGCAGGCCGCCGAACACACCGCAAGUCGAGAAACGGCUGCAGCGGCUGUAAGAAACGCCACAUCAAAUGUGAUGAGACUCGACCGGAAUGCCGGAACUGCAUCAUGGCGGAGCGAGUAUGCUCCUACUUGAAAACGGAGCCAAACGACAGCUCCUCAGCCGGAUCCUCCACAGCAGCUAUCGUCUGCACCGGCAUUGCAACACCCAGAGAAAUCAGCGCUGACCGGUGUUUGGCUAUUCCCAAAGACCCCGGAGAAGUGUACUCACGUACCGGGCAGACUUUUACAGCGAGCCACAUGGCUUUCCUUCACUAUGCCCAGUCAAACAUGUCAGAGUUCAUGGCCCUGACCGGGAACAUACGGCCUCUUAUCGACACUGCGAUUGAACACUCCCUGACGGCCCCGUAUCUUCUGGACCAACUCCUCGGGCUAUCAUCACUUCAUCUGUCAACGCAGAAUGGGCCCAAGGCGUCCACGUACUUCCACCAAGCCACAGAGUUACAGACACGAGCUUUGGGUUUCUUCAACCAAACAAAAGAGCACAUAUCGGACACGACAUACAUCCCGACUUUCGUAUUUGCGUCUCUUUUGGGCAUACAUGUUCUUUACGAAACGCUCCAAUGGCACUGUGGCUCUCUCGCAGACUUCAUCGAUGCUUUUGUCAAUUACUCGCGUCUUCAUCGAGGGGUACGAUCCGUUACCGGGAAAUACUGGGAAGAGAUACUGCAAUCUGACUUGAAGCCGCUCUUGUUCAUCGUGGACGUCAUGAAUAAGGAGCCAGUCAAGACUCCAGGUCCGGAAACGAAGCAGCUGAAAGAAUUCUUGGCAAGUGUCCCAACACCUUCUGCGUCGACAAAUGUUUGUAUCACGGCCCUAGAGAAGCUUCAAUGGGUUGUCGACCUAGCUGGAGGGCAACUGUCAAAGUUCGAAAUCGGUGUCCACGCGGUUAUGGCCUGGCCCCUAUGCAUCCCGGACGAGUAUAUCGAAGCACUGCACCAGCAUCAACCGGAGGCUUUCGUCGUCUUGGCCUAUUACGCUGCGAUAAUACAUAGGUACCGGCGGUUCUGGGCAUUCGGUGGUUCUGGCGCACCCAUAGUCCAUUUGAUAUCGAAUAGUGUCAGGUCCUUCUGGCAAGAUGUCCUGGCUUGGCCGUUACAGGUUCUAAUUGAAAGUUGA